GUUUGACAGCCACCAUCAACACAACCCCUCAUCACUGGAUGGACCCUUGAAUGCUGAUUCAGAACGUGGUUGGAAAAAGAUAGUACUGAUGGGUGUGGGAGAUAAAUGCAGUUGAUGAAACCAAGGUAUAGUCAAUCAAUCCUAUUUCAAUUUAGAAGGCUCUAUGAUACAACUCCUGAGCUGUGAACAACCUGAACAAAUAAAUCAACUCUGCACCCCAUCGCCACAUACAUAUCUAUUCAUUCUUGGCAAAGUUCUUGGCAACGGGGACCUUAUUGCCAUCGACAUCUUCAAAGCGGACAACUGUCUUCUUCUUGUACAAUCCAGAGCCAUAGCCAGAACCACCGACCUGCCACUUGGACUUUUUGACAAUCUUGAGACCACGCUGUGCAGCACAAACUUCUUCCAACUUGUCCUUGCGUUGCUGAACUUGUCCACCAGAAGAAGAAAAGGAAGGUUUCAUGUUGCUGUUUGCACCAUUGGCAGUGUUGGUUCCAUGGUAGAUAGAUGUCAUGAUGAUAAGUUGGUGGAUGUUGGUCGGAAUGGAAGAUUUGUGUGUUUUGUUUCAAGCAGGUUGGCUUUUGUGGUCCAAGCAAGUUUGUUUUUGUGAGAACAAGACGUCGACUCUUUCAAGAGGAUUCAGGGAAUGGAUUGCUGGAAACGAUCCUGAAACUAUAGCACUAUAGCAAACUACAUCGUUGCAGCUCUGUCAAAGAUGGAAACGGUCCUCAAACAUCCUCCCUUCGAAAUCCGUCGGUCGGUGCCAUCGUCCGCGGUGCCAUUGUCUAACCCCACGCGCGCUAUUAGCCGGUAUCAGUUAACUCUAAUGCUAAUACAGCAUUGUAGUAUUUUUUUCUGGGAAUUGCGCGUGCAUGCAGGUGGUCUGACAGGCGACACACAGUGACUGUGUCAACCGCCCAUCGGAAGAUCGGGAGCCUUCUCUCGUCGGCAUCUUUGGUGUAGCCAGACAUUGCAUGCCUUCAAUGCACCAGUAGUCCAACUAGAACUCUGUUGUAGUAUUGGUUGGCAUUGAUCAUUUGUUGUUGUUUUACUAUCAUCUAUCGAAACCAUGAGAGAAAUCGUUCACAUUCAGGCCGGACAAUGCGGUAACCAAAUUGGUGCCAAGUUCUGGGAGGUCAUGUCAGCAGAGCAUGGCAUUUCCCCCACUGGAGAAUACGAGGGAGACAAUCCAUUGCAGACCCAGCGCAUUGAUGUCUACUUCAAUGAAGGACAGGAAGGUCGCUACGUGCCUCGUGCCGUGUUGACCGAUUUGGAACCUGGUACCAUGGAUGCCAUUCGAGCUGGAGCUUACGGUGGAUUGUUCCGUCCCGAUAACUUUGUCUUUGGUCAAUCUGGAGCUGGAAACAAUUGGGCCAAAGGUCACUACACCGAAGGAGCCGAGCUCGUUGAUGCCAUUAUGGAAGUGGUCCGCAAGGAAUCUGAAUCCUGUGACGUUUUGCAAGGAUUUCAAAUCACUCAUUCGAUGGGAGGAGGAACCGGAUCAGGUAUGGGAACCCUUCUUGUCUCGAAAAUUCGUGAGGAAUACCCCGAUCGUAUCAUGAGUACCUACAGUGUGGUACCCUCUCCCAAAGUCUCCGAUACCGUGGUCGAACCCUACAAUGCCACCCUUUCUAUCCAUCAACUUGUGGAAAAUGCCGAUCAAUGCUUUGCACUUGACAAUGAGGCUCUUUAUGACAUUUGCUUCCGAACCCUGAAACUCACCAACCCGAGCUACGGAGAUUUGAAUCAUCUGAUUGCCAAUGCCAUUACUGGAACCACCUGCUCCUUGCGUUUCCCGGGACAGUUGAAUUGUGAUUUGCGAAAGUUGGCCGUCAAUAUGGUCCCAUUCCCUCGUCUGCACUUUUUCUUGGUCGGAUUUGCUCCUCUGACGGCCCGCAGCUCCCAGGGAUUCCGUGUCCUCACCGUCCCCGAACUCACCACACAGGCUUUUGAUGCCAAGAACAUGAUGUGUGCUGCCGAUCCUCGUCACGGUCGCUACCUCACCUGUGCCAUGAUGUUCCGUGGAAGCAUGUCCAGUAAGGAGGUUGAUGAUCAGAUGCUUCAGAUGAUCAACAAGAACUCAUCGUACUUUGUCGAGUGGAUCCCCAACAACCUCAAAGCAUCGAUUUGCGACAUUCCCCCACAAGGACUGAAAAUGUCCAGUGUCUUUAUCGGUAACUCCACGGCGAUCCAGGAGGCAUGGAAGCGUGUGGCGGAUAUGUUCACAGUCAUGUUCCGUCGUAAGGCUUUCCUUCAUUGGUACACCGGAGAAGGUAUGGAUGAAAUGGAAUUCACCGAAGCUGAGUCGAACUUGAAUGAUUUGGUGUCCGAGUACCAGCAGUACCAGGAUGCAACAGCGGAUGAGGAGGAAAUUAGUGGAGAGUUUGGAGAAAAUGAAGGCUUUGGCGAGGACGAGUAAAUGAGAAAACAAAACGAUUGAUGAUUGCCUGACCUUGAUUCCGAUAUGCCGAUACCUGUGCCUUUCUGUAGUUUCCUGAUUGUCCUUGGAUGUGACUACUACACAAAAAAAAGGAAAUAAAAAUACCCGACUCCCUAUUAGUUAUGUUAGUUUGAACCGUUCAGCUCUGUUGCUUUUUGCAGAGCAGGCAGAGUUUCUACUUAUUAUUACAAUGCUAUUGUUGGAGAUGUAGCAAGCCCAUAGUCGCUGUAUCGGUUUCCUGGGACUUAUGCCAUCAAACACAAAACGAUGCCGACCAACUCGGAGCAAAACCCAUACUAGUACAGAACCGUCUCUCCUUGGACUGCACAUGCCUUCGUUUACCAGGGGGGUGAUCUAGCUAUGUAGACGGUAUUCCGCCAACCCGAAGCUCUCCAGACCAUGGUACUGGUAUCAACCGACACCACGAUGUGUAUCCUACGUACGGUACGGUACAUGUGGCAUGCAAGCUUGUAGCACUCCCACAGCUGUUGAACCUAGUUCACGAGCCUAGUAGAAUUCGUUCAUAUCCUACUACGGGAUGGCU